UUUAUCCUAAUGAAACAACUCUCAUUGAAAUUAAAUUGAAACCAAGUAUUGAAAAAUUGACCUGGAUAUUAAAAUAAAAAAUAAGUUGCAUCAACUACUCAGCAGGAGAACCAAGGCACAAAUGUGCUUCAGUUAGGAAGAUUUCUACAUCCGCCGAGACGUCAUAGAGUCACAUUUCUAUAUAUAUUAGAUAUGUUCAAGAGGGAUAUGGUCUGCAACAGGAAGCAGCUAAUGCUACUCCUUGUAUUUAUAUGUGUUUUCCUACUUGUUUUCAUCAGUAAGAUUGACAACAAGCCUGAUGAAUUGAUGGAAACAGUUGGCCAACCAAAAUCCCAGCAAUCAAGGGAGGAAUCUACACAUAAUGAACAGCUUAAAGUGGAUGUACAAUAUUCAGCAGAAGAUGAAAAGGAAAGACUUGAUGGAUUCAUAUCAAUAUUGUUGAAAAACAAAAAUGAUCAAGAUACUGCUGAUAAAGAAGAUAGAAAUGAAAAAGACAUUGAUGAAGAUAGAAAAGAUGAAAACAUUGAAGAUGGAAAAGAAGAAGAUAUUGGAGAUCAUAGACAAGAUGAAGACAUUGAAAAUGAUGGUAAUGGUUUAGAUAUCAAUGAACCUAUAUUUCCACAACUUGAUCCUCCAGAAGAAGUCAUUAAACAGAAACGAAAAAAUGUAUUUUUCUUAAAACUACACAAAACUGCAAGUAGUACAGUGCAGAAUAUAUUCUUCCGUCAUGCUGACAUCGCUAACCUUACACUAGCACUGCCAUUUUGGCGACAUCGAGUAUGCUACCCCAAUGUUUUUACGGAGAAGUGCCUUAUUCCUCUCUCAGAAAAUUACCACGAAUACAAUGUUUUAUGUUUCCAUAUGAGAUAUCACACAAGUGUCAGAAAACUCAUGCCAAAGGACACAUUCUUUACAACGACAAUAAGAAGUCCUCACACUCAGUUUCCAUCUGGUUUUAACUAUCAUGGAUUUGGUAAAUGCUACGGAUUAAAAACCAUAGAACAAUCUCAGAAAAUGUUUUAUUUUCUAGAUCACUUAGAUGAAUUUACAACAACGAAACUAUGUGGAGGCUGGAAUGUUUCAAGCAAAAGUGAAAUGAUGUUCGAGUUUGGAUUAGAACUCCCAGAUUUGGAUGAUGAUUAUGCAAUUCAGGAGAAAAUUGCUGAAAUUGAUCGGGAUUUUAAUUUUAUAAUGAUAACAGAUUACAUGAAAGAGAGUCUUGUCUUAUUGGCUGGUAUGCUAAACUGGGAAUUAGAGGAUGUUGUGUAUUUCAAUAAAGUAGAACGCCAACAUGAGGAAAUAACCAACAAACACUAUAAAGGUCUAAUAAACAAAUGGAACAAAGCCGAUGCUCUUAUGUUCCAACACUACAACAAAACAUUCUGGAAAAAACUUAAAAUCUUUGGAGAAGACCGCAUGGUUCGAGAAGUCACAAAGCUCAACAAACUACUUGACUACUGGACUAAACAAUGCUUAAUCGAACCAGAAAAUCCUCAAUGUGUACGAAUGCAGAUGGCUGAGAAGGUAUACACACACGAGAUGAAAACUAAGAUGAUUCAUGAAGGAAGGUUAAACAUUGAAGGCUAUAAGGAAUACACAGAUGAAACGCUGGAAAGUUCUUCCCCUGGAAGAUCCAACCCAGCCUUCCCUUACCAUACAAUGUUAUUCAAAGACAAAUACCCAGACACUGAUCAUUGCAUAGAAACAGUCAAGUGGAAGUAUAAGACACUAAAUUGUACAACUACAAAAUAAUUCUAAUAUGGUUGUAUAUUAUCUCAGCCUCCCUUUAUUUCUACAUGUACAUAGAGAAAUGUUUAACAAAAAU